AUGGGUUCAAAAUCAAAAAAACCAAGAAUAUCACGUUCAACUCGUGCUGGUAUCAUUUUUCCAGUAUCACGUGUACAUCGUCAACUUAAAUCAAUGCCAACUGCUACUAAACGAAUAACACAAGGUGCAUCCAUUUAUUUAUCAGCUGUCAUUGAAUAUCUUACUGCUGAAUUACUUGAAUUAAGUGGUAAUGCUGCACGUGAUAAUCAUCGUUCUCGUAUUACACCUAGACAUAUUUUUCUUGCUUAUGCCAAUGAUGAUGAAUUAUAUCGAUUACUUCGUCAUUGUGUGCUUCCUCAAUGUGGAGCAUUGCCGAGUAUUAAUCUCGCCCUUUUUCCUAGCAUUAAUGGUAUAAUUUCAAAUAAAUUGCCACCAUUGAAAUCAUCAAUAUCACGAGGAACAAAAAAACCUGUAUCGUCUACUGCUACUACUUCUAAAACAAGUUUACAUAAGCCGACACUAACUAAAAAAGGUCAAGGAAGUUUUAGUGUAUUGGGUACACCAACAUCAAAGGCUGUUGCACUUAAAGGUACUGCUGUAACAACACUUUCUGAACGUGUUCUUAUUCGUGGACAAAAAUUAACUGUUGUUCAAGGAAGUAUUGUUAAUAUUAAAGCUGAUGCUAUUGUUCAUCCAACAAAUAGUUCAUUUUAUAUGGGUGGGGAUGUCGGUAAUGCAUUGGCUAAAGCAGGAGGUCAACAACUUCGAGAUGCUGUUGCUGAAGCAGCUAGAAAUUCAACAUUAACAAAUGCUGGCGAUGUGGUUAUAAGUGCUGCACCAAAUUUAUCUGCUUCACAUUUAAUUCAUGUUCUUUCACCAAAAUGGAAUGCUACUAAAAUGGAAGAAUGCAUUGUAGAACUUGAUAAAGCUACUUUAAAUAUAUUAAAUUUAGCUGAUCAACAAGGUCUUACAUCAGUAGCUUUACCAAGUAUUAGUAGUGGACAUAAUGGUUUUCCAAAACAAACGGCUGCACAAACAAUACUUGCUGCUUUAUCAAAAUAUUUUCGACAAACAACAACAACAAAUCUUCAACAAGUAUUUUUUGUUUUAUACGAUGCUGAAAGUGUUAAUGUUUAUACAACUGAACUUCAACGUAUGGUUGAAUAA